AUGGCCCAAAAUCCCAGCCAAACCCCUCCUAUAAACCCCCAGAUAGCAGAAUUAGCACAGGGCUCGUCUGUACGACGACAUCACACGAUCUCUACAACCGGUAGACUCGCCAAUCGCAUUCCCGAGCGUCGCGACAGCGAGGAGGCAGCGACCGAAGAAUACGAAGCUGAAGAUCAGUGGACUGGAGGGCCCGCUCUGGCCAGUGAGAAGCAGGCGAGCCUGCAGCGUAACCUGUCGCUCCCAUCCAAAUAUCAUCGAGCUCUUCGUGAACAGUCCGAGCUGCCUGGCAGUUCGCUCGGUAACUCAGGAGGCCUCUCAUCCGUAGAUGCAGGCCCAGAAGAAGAAGAGUGGUCUGGAGUCGCCGCAGCCCUGUACGAUGGCGACCAGUCACCCCUGGUUGCACAGAUGCGUCCCAGUCAAACGAAUCCAGAAAAUGCAUCUUCAAACGAUCCACCCAGUGCUGCAGGAGCUGUUCGACGGCAUGUCAGUAUGACCGACGGUCAAAGAGGUCGCAAGAUAGGAGGUUUACAACGACAUCCUACUAUGUCUGCAAGGCCACCAGCUCGAUCGAGUACCAUGAAUGCCACAACCGAAGCCACAGACAAAGAUUUCCCGCCGUACGACGACGAUAACGUAGCAGAGACAGAAGAUCCAAAUUCUUAUCCCCCGGAAUCUGCAUACGGAGGGAUUGGGAACGAAUGGGACAACACAGGCGAAACUGAUACGACUUGGGGCACGGGUAAUCCACCCGGUCCACCAGAUUGGAGGAUGAAUUCGCAGCAGGCUCAUGUCGACGAGCUUACAAAUUCGCUAUCCAAUAUGGACCUGCAACGUCAGACUGCAAAUUACGCCCGUGGUGGACCUCGAUUUGAUUCAAACCACCCCGGAAUGUACCAUCAAGACUACUCCCAGCAGCUGCAGCAGAGCGCAAUGACUCAUGCGCAACGGCUUCAACUUAACACGGAAGUUCAAGGGCCAACGGGUCCAGCGAGUGCAGGAGCCUAUAUUCCUCAACCUGGCCACGCUAGUUAUGGAUCGCUUCAACGGGAGAGUGUCGCCAGCAUGGGAUCUGGCGAAGAGCAUCACCGUACGGCUUCAGGCUCUGACUGGGACCCAAAGUCUCGAAUCCUCAAGGGUAGAGGUAGCAAUCCCAGUAUUGGUCAGAGCUAUCAAGGUCAAUAUGGUGGAGCAUUCGGCAAUAUGCCGCCUCCACCACCUAUUCCCUCACAGUAUCUCAGCCAAGUGCACCCGAGGUCUGGAAGUAUGGGCGCCAUUGGUGGAUACGGGUCGCCUGGGCAGAAUUUUGGACCGAUUGGCUCGCCCCCUGGUCAAACCAACGUGCAGCCGCCACCUCUCCUCGACCCAGCAGCAUUCUUGAGCUCACCUAUCGACGUCCCAACGAUGAUCGCUCAAAAGGGCUACAAUCCGGCCACGUUUGACACCAGACCUCCUUAUGCCAGAUACUUUGUUAUCAAGUCUUAUACCGAGGAUGAUGUCCACAAGUCGCUCAAAUACGAGAUCUGGAGCUCGACCGAUCCGGGAAAUAAGCGGUUGGACAAGGCAUUCAAAGAGUGUGCUGGGCGCGGCCCAAUCUACCUUUUUUUUAGCGUCAACGCCAGUGGCCACUUCUGUGGCAUGGCCGAGAUGCUUACUCCCGUGGAUUAUACUCGAAGCAGUACCGUCUGGGCUUCGGAUAAAUGGAAGGGAGUCUUCAAGGUCCGCUGGAUUUUCGUGCGCGACAUUCCCAAUGCUGUUCUGCGAAACAUCCGUCUGAACAACACACAAGAGAGAAAGCCCGUCACAAACUCUCGGGAUACGCAAGAGCUCUUGCCAGAAGCCGGACAUGAGAUGCUACGAAUCUUCUUCACGCACCCAGCCAAGACAUCGCUUCUACAAGACUUUGCGUUCUACGAGCUCCAAUCGCUCCAAAAGCAGCAGCAGCAGCAACAGCAGCAACAGCAACAGCAAGCUGGGCUAGGCUCGCCUCCGCAAGCGACAUCCCCACCCAUCCAAGGCACUCCUCUGCCACAGCAACAUCCAUAUGCCAUGAACAACAAUCAAUAUAACGCGCCGUCCGCACACCAGAGCCCACAAAUGGGCACAGCAUCCAUCACAGGCUCGUUAGCGAUGCCCAUGGGUGUUGGUCAUACUGGAAUGCCCAACUACGGAGGGCUCGGCGUUGGACCUCAGGUCGCUCAAAGCGUUCUUCGUGGGUCGAGCCCAGGCCCAAUUGGAUCAGGGAUGCCCGGUCCCCAUCAUAUGAGCUUCAACAAUAUGCAAAUGGGCUCCGGAAUGGCGGCUAAUGGCGGCCAGGGCGGUGCUGGGGGUGGUUUCUAA